AUGGCUUACAUGCUUCGGCACGGAGUGGCCCGCGACGAGACGACCAUUGCCGCCCUCCUCUCCGCCUGCGCAGCUGUUGCUGACGUGGCGGGCAUGGAGGCGGCUCUGCAGCGGGCAGUGCGACGGGGUAUGCUGGAAACGACUCCAGCUGGCGCCUACGUGUCGCCAAGUGGAGCAGUCCGGAGCCUGCCAGCUGGCGCUUACGUGGCAGCAGCGCAGGCGUUUGGAGCUGCAGGGAAGGUGGGAAGGAUGAGGGAGAUGCUGGGAAUCGCGCGGCAAGUGGGGCAGAACCAAGCGUGGGCAGCCGCAGAGGAGGUGGAGAGGGAGUGCUAUUUGACUGCCAUCGAUGCUUUUCUUACCUCUGCUGAUAAUGAUGACGAUGCUGGUCGUAGCCGCAGUGGUGGUUUGGCUGACACUUUGAGAAAGAGAGAGGGUGAAGGGGGAGCAGCUGGCAACAGAUGGUCCGAAGCUGACUCACCAGCAGCAGCUUCGGCGAUAGGUUCGGCAGCCGGGGCGCCCGAGGAGCCACCAGCUUUGGAGAGAGCGGAGGCGCUAUUGGAGGAGAUGCAUGGGCGGGGGAUGUGUGCUGACGUGGCGACGUACAGUGCUGUGCUGGCAGCGAGGGGGCACGGGGCGGUGGUGGAGGGGGCAGCAGAGGAGGUGCUUGAGGUGGAGGCGUGGGGGAUGAGUGAAGCGGCGGUGUGCGCUGCUGCCCUGCUCUUGCUGCUGGCACAAGCACAGGCAGAGACAGACAGAAAGAAUACCCCAACACAAGUGGAAUGUAUAUCAUCCGAUGCUACUGCUGCUCCUGCUUCUGCGCUGCCUACUGCUACUGCUGCUCCUGCUUCUGCGCUGCCGACUGCUACUGCUGCGACGGCCUCUGCAGCAUCAGCAGAAUCCCACCUGCUGCUUCCCUGGCUCUGCUCCCUACAGGCUGCUCGCUUCCGCCCUCUCGUUCGCUUCCUGGGCCUGUCGCUGGUAGAGGGUGGGAUGACAUGGGACUUGACGCUGGAUGGAGGCUUGGAGUGCAGAGGAGUAACUUUUGAGCUGACUCAAAAGUCGCUGGAGGGAGGCUUGGAGAGCAGAGGAGUGGGGCAGCAAGAGGUGGUUGGGAGAUUUGGCUCGCAGGGCAGUGGAGAGGAGCGGCGGCAACAGCUGACAGGAUUUGAUGCUUCAUCAGCACAGGAGAAGGCUCUGUUCCAUGACUUAAGGAAGCUUCUUCGAAGCGUCCAAGGCAGUGCCCACCCUGCUUCCCUGCGCCCUCUGUUUGCCUCUCUUGCCGCAGCUCUCUGCAGGUUUGGCAGGCUUCGCCGAGCCUGUUUGGUCCUGGAAGAGGCUCGGAGAUUUGGAGCAUAUCCAACACCGCCAAGCCUACUUGUGCCGAGCCUGGCUGGCCCGGUUUGGUCGCUGGACCUGCACUUGUACCGAGGUCCGGUGGCAGUGCUUGCACUGGCAGUGUGGCUGGAGGAGCUCUGCUGGAAGAUUUCCAAAGCUGAAAAGGAGGCUCGGGAUGGUUUAGUGGAAGGCUCGGGAGGAGAGAGACUCGGAAGGCAAGUAUUGAAAGGAGAUAUUGAAGGGGAUUAUGAGCUACAGUGGCCUGCACGAGCUGUGAUUAUAUUGGAGGCCAGUGGGCAUGAGUUGCUGGAGCCAUCACAAGGGCGGAGAGCUGUGAGAGACUUCAUGGCUUGUAGUGAGUUGCCCUUUAAAGCGCUCAGUAGUGAUCCGUAUGGGCGCAUGGAUGCAGAGGUGGAUGGGUUGAGGGAAUGGGUGGAUGGGAAGUGGCCGAUAGCAAGUGAUGCAGGGAAAACAGCAGGGAGCGAUGCCUUAAAGCAUUUCAGGCCUGGUCUGUGGCAAGACGUGAGAAACUUUCUGCUGGUUUAUUUUGAACAAUGA